UGACACUUCUUCUUUUGCUUGUCACAAACUGGUAGAGGUCUUCUGAGUGGCAGGAACAGCUCUCUCUCAUACUUUCCUUGCGUUAGUUUUGUUUGUGCUGUAAAACAUUGCCAGGUGUUGGAAAUUCAGCUCUGAUUAGAAAAUAUUGUUGAAGAACUGAAGUUAAUUUUAAUAAACUGAGACCCUGCGUUGUGAAGAGACAUGGAGGCAAUUUUAGGACUGUUGGUGAUCUCAGCAGGAGUGUCUCAUGGCUUGGAGACUUCCUGUGAUGCUAGAGAAGAUGGAUCUCAGUGUUAUGGAGCUCUAGGAGGAACUGUCUAUCUCCAGCUGGUGACUGAUACCACGAUAUAUGAUGAACUCUCAUUUUAUAAAGGCUCAACUGGUGCUAAAACAAAGAUACUCAAAACGAAGAAGGAUAAACUGGUAAUAAGCGACACCCCCAUUAGAGACAGAGUACACUUCUUUAUAAACAAUGGGACAUUGAGGAUAAAUAACACAAGAAGUACAGAUUCUGGUGAAUACCUGCUAGAAACAUUUCAUUCAGUAGGGAUAGCAGUAGAGAUCAGAGGACUACAACUUUUCAUUGAAGCUCCAGUGUCCUCUCCUCAGCUGUCCUCUGAGUGUCUGUCCCAUGGAGAGAUGAGAGUGUACUGCUCCUCUGAGGGGGAUGGUCCCCAGUACAGCUGGACUCUGGAUGGACAGACACUGAAAGACACUGAGAUCUCUCCUGGUGAUGAGACAAACACCAUCACUCUGAAGAAAUGCCUGUCAGGAGAUCUUACCUGUACCGUUAGAAACAACAUCAAUAGUGAUACUGUCAGCAAGAGAAUCUUACCUUGUCCAGGGCUGAUAUAUGUUAACUGCACCUCAUCCAACGGGACAAGAGUAUCAGAGUGGGUGAAUGCCACUGGUAAUACCCUGUGUGUUGAGUCUACAACAGUGGCGACUGUGACUGUGGCCCCCACCAGUAAAACCUCCACUGAACAUUCAGCAGAAAUCUCCUCGUGGGCUGGAACAGGGUUCGAUGUGUUUGUUUAUUUUCAACUUGCUGAAGUCUUCUGUUAUGCUGAUGAAGGAGGAUCCAAAAGCGACGAAAUAGAAACAGAGUCUUUAUUCCAGUCUUAGACAAAAACGAUACUCCUGAUAUAUCUAAGGUAAAAACAAAACAGGAAAACUGAAAUCCUCUCGUCAGUAGAGAUGAACGACUGGAGACGCGACCCCUAGACACCUGCUCACACGCUGCAUCUGAUGAAGGCAAAAACACGAAAGGGCCGAACAAGGACACAGAACAGCACACAUCAAACAAGAAUCCGACAAAGACAGAAGCAGAAAACAGAGGGAGAAAUAGGGACUCAAAUCAGAGGGCAAAAUAGGGGACAGGUGUGAAAGAGUAAAUGAGGUCGUUAGGAGAAAGAGAAACAGCUGGGAGCAGGAACGGAACGAUAGAGAGAGAGAGCGGGGGAGGGAGAGAGGGAGGAGGAGAGAGAGGAAAAGAAAGAGGGAAAGAACCUAAUAAGACCAGCAGAGGGAAGCACAGGGACAAGACAUGAAGAUCAAAGACAAAACAUGACAGUACCCCCCCACUCACCAAGCGCCUCCUGGCGCACUCGAGGAGGAACCCUGGCGGCGACGAAGGAAAUCAUCAAUCAACGAACGGUCCAGCACGUCCCGAGAUGGAACCCAACUCCUCUCCUCAGGACCGAAACCCUCCCCAUCCACUAAGUACUGUUGACCACGUCCCUGAGAACGCAUGUCCAUGAUCCUCCGUUCCUUGUAAAUAGGUGCGCCCUUGACAAGGACGGGAGGGGGGGAGGGAAGACGAACGGGGGCGCGAAGAAAAGGCUUGACACAAGAGACAUGGAAGACAGGGUGGACGCGACGAAGAUGUCGCGGAAGAAGCAGUCGCACAGCGACAGGAUUAACGACCUGAGAGACACGAAACGGACCAAUGAACCGCGGAGUCAACUUGCGAGAAGCUGUCGUAAGGGAAAGGUUACGAGUGGAAAGCCACACUCUCUGACCGCGACAAUACCUAGGACUCUUAACCUGUUGGGGAUGGGGGCGCUGUUUAGACUAUUUAUGCUAAUGUGGCUAAUUUUUUAAACGGCUUCCCACAAAAUCCUUGAUCGUACAAUAUGCAUAUUAUUAUUAUUAUUGGAUAGAAAACAGUCUAUAGUUUCUAUAGGAGUUGAAAUUUUGUCUCUAAGUGGAACAGAGCCCAUUCUACAGCAAUUUCCCUGACAUGGAGUCAGAUUUGAGAAACGUUGGCCACUUUUCUGAAGUCAUUUAAACGGGCACUGUCGUUGCUAUGACUAUACGGACACUUCUUACGUCUUCCCCUGGAUGCCUUUACGUGAUGACGAUUCCAACGGGCUCGAUUGCUCGUUCACAGGCCCUACAAAUGAAAAAAACCUUUAGCUAGCAAGUCUUUUCUUGCUGCGUAACGCGCGUGGAAGACACCGACCCUCUCCUG